CAAUGUAGUACCCGUGUUCCACCAAACUCGUAUCCGCCCUAUCAAUCUCGCAAUUUAACGCUAUUACAGAGACGCAUCCCCAAAUUUCCACGAUCGAAACUUUGCGAACGAAUCAAAUCAUCAUCGUCGUCAUCAGAAGAAGUGAAAACAAUGGCUUUUUCUUCAUCUUCUCAUCUCAAAAAGGUUUGAAAUAGUUAAUAAAUCACUCUUCUGUGGAUUGUUGAUCCGAAAGAGUAUUUGUCGAGACCCUUUUAUUUGAAUGGAAUAUAUUGUAUGGUAGAAAGAAGUAAAGGGAAAGAUACUUUGGCUGUAAUGUUUAAUUUAUUUUAGGGUUAGGGUUUUGGAUCUAUUGUUUUCCUGCUUUCGUUUUCCUCGUUGGCGAAGCAAGAAAGUUUUGCUGAUUGAUAGUUGGAAGUUGUUAAAGGUGUUGUCCUUUUGCUGAUACCGAGGUUCAUAAGUUCAUGGUAUAAAAGUUUGGGUUGAUUUAGGUUGAAAAUUGGGGGAUUUUUAGUAUUUUGUUGUUAUUGAAGAAUUUGCUGAUCGAAAGUGGGAAGCUGUUGAAAGUGUUUUUUUUGGCUGAUACUGAGGUCAUAAGUUCAUGCUAUGAAAAGAUUGGAUUGAUUUAGGUUAAAAAUUUUGAGGUCUUUUGUUAAUACUUAAUUGAUUAAUGAGGGAGAGGAGAUUUGGAGGAGAUGCUAAAGGUCCACCACCACGCUUUCCAGGUAGGGCAAAGGACCGUGGUUUCUCGCCUCGAAGGAGGAUAAGGGACAAGGAUUACUCCUCCCCAAGGAGGAUUAGGGAUGUGGGAGAUUACUCUCCUAGACGGAGGAUAAGGGACAAGAAUUACUCGUCUCCACGGAGGAUUAGGGAUUCACCCCCAAUGAGGAUCAGAGAGCGGAGGAACUCUCCACCGAGGAGAUUUCAGGGGCGUGAACGUGAGUGCUCACCACCAAUGAGAAGUCGAAACCAGGAAUACUCACCACCAGGAAGGAUUAUUAGGAACAGGGAGAUUUCGCCACCAACAAGGACUCGGAACUGGGAGCAGCAACAGCAUUCACCGCGUGGACGGAACUGGGAGCAGCAGCAGCAUUCACCGCGUGGACGGAGCAGGGAGCGUCGCCUUUCACCAAGUGGCCAGAUGAUUGGUGAACCGAGAGGGGAGUACUUUCACGAGCUUGAGAGGUCUAGAAGGAUGGGAAUUGAUGGCAGCAGUGGAGACUUUGGAGAGUUGCAGAAUGCCCGUCCCUUGAGUUAUGUUGUCGGGGACAGAGACUAUGGGCCACCAUCUCAGAGCUUGAGAGUCCCUGAUCGUGAUAGAGGUAACACUGACAUGCUUGGUGAACAUUCACACAGGUUGCAUGAGAUAAAGGAGAGCAUGGGGAAUGAGGACCCAACUUCCGUAAAGUACCCAUGGAGUCAUUUGUUAGAUAAGCCCCGAAAGUUUGAUACAGUGAAGGGCUCCAGCGACUAUGGAGUUAGUGGUAGUAGAGUAAGCAGCGAGAGAGAAAAUCACGGAAGGACCUAUUCUGGUUUUGUGGAUGGAAGCAUGCCUUCAGAAGCUGAUAACAGGACGUUGUACUCUUCAUAUGAAUCUCAUCUGUCUGCUGUUGGUGUACAGCCAAGAAUCUCUGGCGUUGGAAAUAAUGGUGGCUACUCGUUACCAUCACGUUAUAUGGAUGCUGAUCACCUCAAAGAUGGGGAAAUCCAUUUACAAGACGGGUUCCAUUCCCGUAAAGCAGGAGUGCCUGCAUCAACAGACAUAUACAUGGAGGACUCCUUGAAGUCCACACGAUAUUCAAACUCUGAUUACAUAAUAUCGUCAUCUCACUCUAACGUGUUGCCCUUGGCACCUGGAGUUAUUAAGGAUGAUAUCGCCGGUUCAUAUGGUAAAGAGGUCCUAAUUCAUACUCAUGGAGGUAGACUGAAUAGUGGAAAGACUAUUGAGUCUAUUGACCAUGGUGGAUAUGAUAAAAUUCCUGGGACCAUAUCUUCUUUGGACCCUGAAAAGCAAGUAAGUGGGUUCAGGAACUACACCGAGUCAUACUUUGGUCGAGCAGAGGAAAGGCGUGAAACAUACAGUUAUUCUGACAUUCAAAGAGGUGAAAUUGGUAGCCCUAAUACCUUGUCUAGCGAAUUCUAUGGGAAGAGGGUGGGUUCAGGAGAAGCACAUUUUCAAGAUGUUGCAAGAACUAAUGUGGGAUUGGGCAAACAUGAUGAAAUUUCACAUCGAGAGGCUUUAAUGGAAGAUAAGCCAUGGGGAUCUCGCUUUUCUUCACAAAGACAGUCAACCCCAGAUUAUUUUGAGUCCCGCAGAGCACUAGACCAAAGAAAGCCAGAUGUGGACAUAUUGGAUUAUGGGGCUAAUCGCCUACAGUAUGAAAAUGAAACACAUCGAGGCUAUGAAAGCUCCCGUAAAAGAGAGCUUCGUGAGUAUCAGAUGGAUGAUGAUCUUCUAGAAAGAUCUGGUGCCUUGUAUAGAGGACAUGACCCCCGUUUAAAGAAGAUAGAGACACGUCCUCGUGAAAGAUAUAUUGCAAGGGACUUGCCUGGACCAUCUAACCUCUCUCUUAGAGAAAAACAUGACACAACGAGCAAUCAUGGUGCUAGAAUUACAAGUUCAAGUGAUGUAAGGAGUGCACACAAAACCCAUGGCCGUGGAGAUGCUGAUGAAAUGGGGAUCAGCAGGGAUACUGAUUCUGCAGUUAUGUCUAGAAGGCUAAAUGAUCCUCGCUCCAAAUAUGUGAAGAAUGGGAGGGCAUACAAAGCCGCUGCCACUAGUUCCACCAGAAACCUUUCAGUAUCCAUGUCAAGUCGUUCAAGCAAAUAUAAUAAAUCUGGUGCAAGAGAUAUAAAGAAGCGGUUGGGGCCACGUUACCAGAAUCUUGAUAUUGAACAUUCACUAGGAAAAAAACACAAACCUUCACUAAAGAAGCGUUUGGGACCCCGUGUAGCAAAGAAUUAUGUGCCUCCACCAUGGGUGAAAAAGUUCAAUUCUUCUAAGUUCUCUAGAAAUCAAGAUGUUUUAGAUGAAAGUGUUGCUGAACAAGGUGAUGGCCCCAACAAAGGUAUUAUUACUCCAGCAAAAACUGAACCUCCUGAGAACUCUAAGGAUUUUAAGCAGCUGGUGCAAAACGCCUUCUUCAGGUUCAUGAGGCACUUGAAUGAGACUCCAGCUAAAAGAAGAAAAUACACUGAGGAAGCUGGUAAUUUAAAGUGCCUCGUAUGUGGCAGAGAUUCAGAAGAGUUUGCUGAGUCAGAAAGCCUCGUGUUUCAUGCAUUGACAUCCUCUAAGGAUGGUCUCAAAUCACAGCACCUAGGUCUUCACAAAGCUUUAUGUGCCUUGAUGGGAUGGAAGAGUGCAGAUGCUCCUAACAGUGGUUGGGUUCGUGAAAUGCUAUCCGAUGCUGAAACUGUGGCUUUGAAGGAAGAUCUAAUUAUCUGGCCUCCAGUUGUUAUCAUCCAUAACAGUUCCAUGAUGAACAGCGUUCCAGAUCAACGUGUGGUUGUAUCAGCUGAAGAGCUCGAGUCUAAACUGAAAGAUAUGGGCUUUGGGGAGAAGGCCAAGGUUUCUCGUGGUAAGCCUGCAAAUCAGAGUAUUCUUCUGGUGAAGUUUAGCGCUACUCUCUCGGGUUUGCAAGAAGCAGAAAGACUCUCUGAUAUAUAUGCCCAUAGGAAGCACGGGAGGGCCGAGUUCCAGCAUAUCAGUUGUGGUAACUCUGGAGGCAGUGAUGGUGAAACUAAAGAAGCAUUGACGGACAAGGUAGGAAAAAUUCUUUAUGGUUACCUUGGAAUUGCAGAAGACCUGGAUAAACUAGAUUUUGAGACGAAGAAACGAAGUUCUGUGAGGAGCAAGAAGCAGAUCAAGGAUAUUGCAGUUGCACCUUAAAAAGAAAGAGCGAACCUUGGCAGGGCAAAAAUAUAUGUUUUGACUGAUAGCUAGGUACUUUGGUUUUUGCUUUUAGCUAAGUAUAUUUUGCUACCUAACUCGAAGAAAGUAGAUACAUGCGAAGUAUGUUUUAAUCACAGGAUUGGAAAUGGACAUGUUUUAAUUUUUUUAUCAGGAUAUGUUGUAAUAUUUUUGCCCAUUCUUGCUUAUUGCUUGAGGCUUGCAACUUUA